ACCAUAGGCCUAGACCUGAAGGGCGGCCAUUUUGCAUCGCUUCCGCCCGUUGGUGACAACUACAAUCCCUUCAAAAUCGUUGUCAUCCUUCGGUCUAUUUCUUAAAUCUUUCGCUAUCAAAUCUCGAAAAAGCCUUUUUUACUACACUCUGCCAGAAUUUUGGCUCCAGAAGUAGUUUCCAGCGGAGGAGGCCGUGAUCAGCAGACUCAGGAUUUGAAAGACGUUUAUUUAUCAAGGAUUACUCGAAGGAUAUUGCAAUGGGGACGAAAGAUGAUGAAUAUGACUAUCUUUUCAAAGUUGUUCUAAUUGGAGACUCUGGUGUUGGAAAGUCAAAUCUUCUCUCAAGGUUCACAAGAAACGAAUUUAAUUUGGAGUCAAAGUCGACAAUCGGUGUAGAAUUUGCUACCAGAAGCAUUCAAGUGGAUGGAAAAACUAUAAAAGCCCAAAUCUGGGACACAGCUGGACAAGAAAGAUACAGAGCCAUAACAAGCGCGUAUUACAGAGGAGCUGUAGGUGCCCUUUUGGUGUAUGAUAUUGCUAAGCACUUGACCUAUGAAAAUGUUGAAAGGUGGCUGAAAGAACUACGAGAUCAUGCUGACAGUAAUAUUGUUAUAAUGUUAGUGGGAAACAAGAGUGAUCUUCGUCACCUUCGUGCAGUCCCUACAGAUGAGGCAAAAGCAUUUGCAGAGAAAAAUGGCCUUUCGUUUAUUGAGACAUCAGCUCUCGACUCAACAAAUGUAGAGGUGGCAUUUCAUAACAUUUUAACAGAAAUCUACCACAUUGUGUCCCAAAAACAAAUUCAUGACUCACCAGGUGGUGAUGGAAGCCAACCUAGUAAUAAUGUGCAGCCCAUUAUUGUACAUCCAACAAAUGAAGAUGCACAGAAAAAGAAAGUCCAGUGCUGUAAUGCUUAGUCCAUGAAAACUUGAGUUGACUAUUGUUGUGCAAUUACUUAUUGGGCUUUAAGGCCAACUCUUUACUUGCAGCAUUAUAAACUUUUUCAAAGGUGUUUCGUACACAUGUAUUUCCAUAGUACAUUAAUUUUAGAAAUAAAUAGUCUACACGUAGGACAAGACUGAAGAAAUUAUUGUUUAAUUCUUGUUGGAAAGCUGGUUAAGGCAAGGUUAUUUUCAAUGUAUAGCUUUAUUGUACAGGUACUUUGACUGAUUCAAAUGGUUGAAAUAUGUUUCAAAAUUGAGGAAACUCUGAAAUUCUAUCUGUAUGUGUAAAUCUAUGUGCAAUUUAAAAUCUGCGAAGUGCGUGGUAGUAUGGCUGCAAGUGUCAUAGAAAUUCCUUUUUCGUUUGUUUUCCAUGCAUUCCUAAUACAUGACAUUUUAUACAUGUGGUAAGGACUACACAUUCUGAAACUUGUGGUUCACCAAUAAUUGUUUUACUACCUUUGAGUGAAGAUUAUCAAGCGUCUGCAUCAACUCAAAUAUUCAAAUAGAGUAAAUUUGAUCUUCAUAGUAUACCUUCUUUUAACACAUCAAUUUCUUUUGCUACAUGGGUAGGUAUCUGGGCUAAAGCUUGUCUGAAAAUGAUUAUAGAUUUGAAAUCUCAAUGCUUGUUAAAGCAUUAGCAACACAUGCUUGUUUGCUUGAGCCUCUGCUGUUACUAGCGGUUCAGCGGUUGAGGUGAAACAGGUUUACCAGGAAACUUAUCUUAAACCUAUGCAAAUAUUGUUAAGAUAUUUUCUUGCAACCGAGUGAAAAUCAAUUUUUGGAUAAGUGAUUACUUGUUUCACAGUUUUUUUACCACCGCUGUAAAAAAUAGGUUUAAAAAAAUAAUUUCCAGAUCUUCUGUUUAUAUAACGUCUGCGAUAGCAGUAAGGAUUGAAGACAAAGACAUGUAAGUUAUCAGAAUGGUCCUUGCAUGCUUGUUACUUAUAUUCAACAAAUCAAUAAAUACUAUAGCACUUGUCCAUAUCUUGCUUGGCUUAUUUUUAGAGAUAUGACAAGUGUUGUGUUGUACCUACCAUUGCAAUUAUUUUGAACAAAAUAAUAAAGACCUGAGUUAUCUAUAGGCCA